UUCUGAUGUAGUGUGUGUGUUGUAUAGAGUAGUGGUAUGUACAUGUAAACCUCUGAUUGGUUGGCCACCGGGAUUUGAAUCAGACCUGAACCCUGCGAUUAGGACCCCUGAAAUUAAGACCCCCGCAAUCUGAACCCCAGAAUCAAGGACCCCUCUCCCCUGAUUUACAUGUUGAUCGUUUAGCAACAAGUGUAUAAUUAUAUCAUUCUCUGCUUGUUGUCCAUUUGAAUGUGGCGGAAACUCUCCCAAGGAUUAAUAAUGUCUUGACAUGCAAGACUCCUCUUCAAUGCCACAAAAUAAUAGGACGAUGGGGGAGGGUGUCCGGAGUAAACCAUGAGGUAGGACUAUCCUCAAGUCAACUACCAUAAUAUUGUCAACAGACAGGUACAUACCACACAACUAAAGACUCUGUCGACAAGAGAGCAUCGUGAUUGUUACUCAACUGCAAAAGUAGAAUUUCAGUUUUUAGCACACCAGGUACAGACGUCUGUCUACUGCCUUUGAGAAACUUUUGGUGAAAACUUGCUAUUUUUCAGAGGGAACGGAAAACAUGACAAACUGCGACUCCUACCAGCCAAUAGCGGUCACCUGGGGGGUUUUCCCUGGCAUGGAGAUCAUACAACCCACGGUCGUCGACCCUGUCAGCUUCCAUAUUUGGAAGGACGAGGCCUUCAUGUUGUGGGGGACCCACUGGGCCAGUCUCUACAGCCCCGAGUCCACCUCCCACCACAUCAUCUCACACAUCCAGAACACCUACUACCUCGUCAACCUCGUCGAUAAUGACUUUGUCACUGGAAACGUCCUCUUUCAGCUGGUGAACAAGGUACUGGACGGUAUGAGCAAAGCCAGUAGUCCCACAACUGAGACUGACCAAAACUCUCUCCCCUCCUCCUCCUCAUCUUCAUGACUUCCUAUUGUCUAAAAUUUUUUUAUUGCGCGUGCGCACAUUGUUUACAAAUCACGUGAUUCUAGCAGCCACGCCCCUGUGCUCAUUUCUCGUCUGGGUUUUGUUCUUCGCCCAACGUUUCCGACAGUUUUCAAGGCCCGCUUUCGAUCGACGAGGUCGACCACUGACGACACAGUAGUAGUACAGCCGGCCAGAAGCAGCUCACGUGACUCAGAGAUGGCUACUGGAGGAGGCGGGGACCAAGUCUGGACGUGGAAGAAACCACUCCCUCCAAGUAAAGCCACACUCAGAAGGUCUUUGAGAACACCAGUGACCUCAGUCGCAUCUGCAACCAUCUCUCCAUCCCUCAUGAUAUGUGGGAUGUUGACAGUGCAGUAGAGUACUAUGUACAGAGUACAGAUCCAAUGAAAAUGAGAAGGAUGAUAUCCUGGCUGGACCUGAUUGGAGACACAGCUCUAGCAGACUCAUUGAUGGAGUAUGCAGAGCCCCCAGCAGAUCCAUCCCUCAAUCCACACCUCCUCAUACCAGUCUUUACUGCCAUAUCUGGAGACUGGGGGGAUUGAUGGUACUACACUACAGUACCAGAUGCCAGGGCUGCUCUCUUCCGUGAGAAGUUCAGUGAUCGUGAUCAAGUCACUGCUGAGGCUGGGAAGUACUACGCUCUCUAUCAUCAUGAUCCCAGCUGGAAAGACUUAUCCUGCCGUCUCUAUGCAGCAGGAGAAACAAAGGCUGUGGGGAUUGCCAAACCUCACGUACAGACUGUGACUGACCCCAGCCUGACUCCAGCCAACAUCCUACAAGUCACACGCCAUGUCCCACUGUGGAGUAGUGUGGAUUCCAACAUCUUUCUUAACAUCCCACUCAGCCAGCAUGAUGAGAUACUAGGAAAUUUUAUGAUGAUGAGGAGCGAAACGAGAAUUGAUCACUACAUGGCUGGCCGGUCACCCCUGUCCUACCUGGGAACACGUUAUGACACUACUGGAGGUUGGAGUUUGGGGGGAGGAGAGUAAGAGAGCAGCACGUGAGGUGGAGGAGACAUACCUCAAGAUGACUCCCGAGAAGGCCAAACAGAUCCUGGACGCUGCCCUCCAGGACGGCUCCUUCCCACUGGGCUUUCUGAAGUCCAUGGCAAUAGGAGUGGCUCGCUCGGGGAAGACGCUCUCCAAGAAUCACGUCUUCAAAUUGAUGUGCGACCCGAACUUCUCCGUUAGUACAGGAGUGUGUGAGGCUCCGAUCUUGGCCUUUCGACAGCUUACUUUGGAGCUGAUCAAAGCUUUGCCUUCUGCAGAGGGGUUCGUAUUACUCAAGUACGAGGAUAUCAAUCAAUUUCUGGCUGACGUGGUUUGCAAAGGUUUCCUUAAAGGAAGGGUAGCGAAAGUGGUGAAAGAAAUGGUGCAGGCCGCUAGCGAAGGCUCCAGUUCAUCUGAUGGAAGUGAGGGUGUAGCUGCAAGUAGUGUAGGCACUGGUUCAGGGGAUAGUGCAGCCUCAACAGCUGUAGUCGGUGCAGUCUGUGCUAGGGCUAAGGGCCGUAAUCCAUUUCAUCGACUGUUCAAGCUGCAGCUGGUCCUGUUCCUGGACAGCGGAGGACAGCCUCAAUUCCACGAGGUCGUUGCAGCCUUCAGUCACAACGUGUCCCUCGUCCUGGUCUUCAUCAAGCUCAACGAGCGUCUGGAUGCUCUGUGCACCAAUGCCUUCACCGACGAGGAAGGAAAGUGGUUUACGGAGCAAUGCCCCUCACUGCUCACCAACGAGCAGAUGGUGGUCCAGUUUGUCCACACCAUGAUGUGCAAGCCCGUGGCCGGCAGCGAAGGCAUGCACACCAGGUUCAUGGUGAUCGGCACUCACAGGGAUCUGAUGCACGAGUGCGACGAAACCCUGGAGCAGAAGAACGAGAGGCUGGCCAGCCUGUUUCUACCGGCUCUGGAGGAAAACCUGGUCAUGAAUGGCGACGACAUCAUCUUUGCCGUCAACGCCAAGAAUCCCGACGAGAAUGACGACAAAUGCUUCGAUCUGAUCCGCGAGAAAGUGGCGGACUUGAGCGGGGCCCUGGAUGUGGAUACCCCGAUAGCGUUCCUCGUGUUGCUGAACGACGUGAACAAGUACGCGGAAGAGCAGGGAAAGAAGGUAGUGAGCAUGGAGGAAUUCCAGGCCAUCGCUGGGAGGCUGAAGAUGGAGCGACAGAGUCUGGAGGCUGCCUUGCUUUUCUUCAACAAGAUGAGCGUGUGGAUGUACGUGCCGUCGGUCCUCCCUGGUGCGGUGUUUGUCGACCCUCAGAUGCCACUGGACAGCAUAAAUCGAAUCGUCCAGUACAGCUUCCGGGUGGGGGGUGGUGCGAUUGCAGGGCUGGCUGCGAGCGAUUGUCGACUGUGGAAAGAAGGGGUGGUGAGCAACGAGAUGCUGAAGGGAGAGGAGUUCCGUGGUUGCUUCGUGAGGGGUCUGUUUGAGGCAGGCGAUGCUCUGAAGCUGUUCGAGAAGCUUUACAUUGUAGCUCCUCUGAACGAGAGGGAGUUCAUAAUGCCUGCCAUGCUCCAGACGGUGGCAGAGAAGGAUAUGGAGCGAUAUGUGCCUGCCCCCAGUGAGCACGUGUCCCCUCUCUUUCUCCACUUCCACAUGUCCCGCAUCGCUAAAGGUGUGUUUUGCUCCACCCAUACCUGCAUGCGCUCCAAGUAUGGGUGGACCACGGCUUACACCAUGGUAAAAAGUAAGAAAGUUCCAGCUUGUCUCUUCCGCAAUGCCGUGCGGUUGCAGCAUCCGACAAAAGCAGUUGAAAUUACUCUUCUCCAUGCUUUGAAGCAUUUCGAAGUUCAUCUCGAUGCAUCGCAGGCCGACCUGCCCAUCAUCUGUCCAGAAAUCUGUGACAUGCUCACGGAUGCAGUGGAUAGAGCAGCGAGUGCUUUCCGCUUCAAGAAUUCGCGAGCCUCUGUAGCCUUCCAGUGCCCCUGCAGCCCAGACGACGUGCACACAGCCACUCCAAAUGAAGCCCACUCCAACCUCAUCUGCACACUGACGGGGAAGAACAUUCGAGGAGGCCUUACACCUGCUCAGGGGGUGUGGCUUGGACCACGAACUGCUCCAGUCGCCGAGUCAGCUGCAACUUCUCUCUCGACUAGUGAACCUGUGUCGUCUAUCACUGACCCUCCCUCCCCGUCCUCUCCGUCUUCCACAAUGGGUCCUCCAACUCUGCCUCAGUUGCUGCGUCUCAAGAUACCGCAGAGAGUUGGUGCCAACUACUCCACAUUUGGAAUCCUUCUCCUCAACGACACAGUCGGGAGUCGAGUGCGACAGCCUCGAGGAACUGUCCAACAAGAAACCAGAGAAGAUAGUUCUGCGAAUUCUCCAGGAGUGGCUGGAGGGGAGGGGGGUGGAGCCAGUGACGUGGGAGACACUCGUCAAGACACUCAGAGACUGCGACCUCUCAGCUCUGGCUGACGAGGUUCACCAGAAACUGCCGUCAUCUCACUCCUGAUCUCGUGUACAUCUCACCCUUGACCUCUCUCUCUCUCUCUCUUCGACAAUGUUUGUAGCUUCACUGCAUUCCAUUUUGCAGCUAGCAUUGAGCGUCAAAUAGCCUUGGCAUUUUUUUUUGCCAUUUCACGAGCAUGCCUACAGAUUUUUUUAAUCGAUUACGUCAAGGAGCCUGUGAGCUUUUUGCCGUUGGAAGCAGCCUACAAGUUUCCCCCCAUUUCUCAGGUACAUUACAACUUUAGUUUCAUUUCGUGAGUAUGGCAAAGUCUACAAGUUUUUUUUGCCCAUUUCACAUGUUCAUGUGCUAAGCAGCCAACCAGUUGUUUUGUGUACAUCAAGCCUAAGUGUAUUUUCCCAUUACAUUGGUAGGCAAGCAGCCCACGAGUUUUUUUGCCAUUAAUUUUAUGAAAAUGCCAACCACUCUACAUGUUUUCCCCCAUUUCAUGGGUACACUAAGAUGCCAGCGAGUUUUUUUGCCAUUUUCAAGAGUACGGCAAGCAUCAUGCAAGGUUUUUUGUAAUAAUUAUUGCACAAAUACAGGAAGAAUCCUACAUGUUUUUUUUUACGAGUACAGUUUGUCCCUGUAAUUCCAGGUUAUCCCCACGGUCACCCAGACUGCGCCAACUACGAUGAGGAUAUUCAACAUCUGAAGGAGAAGGUGGAUGCGGGCGCAGAUUUCAUCAUCACGCAGCUGUUCUUCGAGGCCUCAACUUUCAUCAAGUUCUACCAUGACUGCAGGAGGAUUGGGAUUACUGUUCCCAUCAUACCAGGAAUACUGCCCAUUCAAGUAUAUUGAAUUAGUUGUCAAUUAGUCUAUCCACAACAUUAUUUGCGUGUAUACUUACCCGAAAACUUUGUAUGUAGUGCCCUCGUAAAUUGACAUAAAUAUUUCUCUUCAAAUUCAGUUAAAUAUCUGUUCCCUUUGAAAAUGUUGCCACAUGUAUGUAUGUACCUGUCACUGUGUAUCGUCCAGUUAAACACCUGUUCUCGAAUUUCAAGAAAUAUUUUGU